AGGUGGCCGUGAUCUUCGAAGUUGAUGUUUCGGUUCGGUAUCCUGGCGCUUCUGGCAGCACAGAAUGCUGGACAGACCCUGAUCAUCAAGUAUUUGCUCGUGGCCCCCUAGGAUGACGGGGAAUGCCAGUCUGCCGAGGUCUUGAUGGUGGUCGUUGAGCUAGGGAAGCUGGUCGUGUCCAUGGUCCUGUUCUUCAUGUUCGAGGCUGACGUCACCUGGAUCCACUUCUUCUCGCCAUCCGCAGUCAGACGAAGCUUCAAGUUGGCGCCGCCGGCGCUGAUGUUCGCUUUGCAGAACCAGAUCCUUUUUGUGGCGGUGCAGAAUCUGGACCCGCCGGUGUUUCAGGCCCUGACUCAGCUGAAGAUUCUCUUCGCUGGAGUUUUCAGUUACGUGCUGCUGAACAAGCGGCUGUCUCAGGUGCAAUGGGUGGCUCUGCUGCUUCUGGCUAGUGGGGCGGCACUCGUGCAGGUAGAGGCAUCGAUGUGCAAGGCCGUGAGCAACAAGAACGAGGACGCCGACCCAUUCAAGGGGCUCGUUGCGGUGAUCACCAUGUCCGUGAUGUCCGGCCUCGCGGGCUGCUACACGGAGAAGAUGCUGAAGACGGAGAAGCUCCCCAUGUGGCUGCAGAGCGCGGAGGUGGCCGGUUUCAGCAUCCUCGUACUCACGUUCAUGUGUAUGUGGUCGCGCGUCAGCAUGAUCAGCUUGGACAUGAACGUCCUGGACAGCAAGCGGUCCGACACCAUCAUGGA